GUGACGGGUGUGGUGGGCCGCGCGGAGACGCUGUCCUCUCUCUUCUUCCUGGGGGCGCUAGUGGCGUACUCAGGGGCGACGGCGCGGCAAGUGCGGGGUCCCCGAGGGGCGAGAGUGGCCACAGACUGGCGCCUCCUGCUGCUGGCCAUGAUCCUGGCCACCACCGCCAUGCUCUGUAAGGAACAAGGCAUCACCGUUAUCGCCAUCUGCGCCGUGUACGAGCUCUUCAUCGUUCAGAAGGUGCGAGGAUGGGAGCUGAUUCAGUUUGGGGAGGGGGUGGUCUCCGGGAAGGGGUCAGUGCCCCCCUGGCUGGCAGACAUGGCCCCUCGAGUCUUCGUGCUGGUCGCCACAACGCUGGGCCUCAUGUUGGCCAGAGUCCACGUGAUGGGGGCCCAGCUACCUGUCUUCACCAGGUUCGACAACCCGGCCAGCGUAGCACCGACCCCCACGAGACAACUUAGCUACAACUAUCUUCUGAGCGUCAACACGGGCCUGCUCCUCCUGCCCUCCUGCCUCUGUUGUGACUGGACCAUGGGCACCAUCCCCCUCGUUGACUCCUUCACCGACCUCAGGAACCUGGGGACGCUGGCGGUGUUUGCUGCCCUCACCAAGCUCUCCUACCACGCCCUCUUCGUCGCUCACCGCCAUCACGCCCAGGUCAUCAUCAUGGCACUGGCGUUCGUGGUGCUGCCCUUCCUGCCGGCGACAAACCUCUUCUUCCCCGUCGGGUUCGUGGUGGCGGAGCGGGUACUGUACAUGCCUUCCAUGGGCUUCUGUAUGAUGGUAGCUCACGGCUUCACCAACCUCCUCGACAGAGUACAACAGAAGAAGUACGUGUGGCUGGCGCUGCUGGGGCUCCUGGCCGUCCACGCUGUCAAGACACACGUCCGCAACGCUGACUGGAAGGAUGAGUACACCAUCUUCACCGCUGGCCUCAAGGUGAACCAGAGGAACGCCAAGCUCUUCAACAACGUAGGCCACGCGCUUGAGUCCCAGGGGCGCUUCGCUGAGGCCCUCAAGUACUUCCAGGCCGCCGUCACCGUACAGGAGGACGAUAUUGGGGCACACAUCAACGUGGGCAGAACCUACAACAACCUGAAGCUCUUCUCUGAUGCCGAACAGGCCUACCUCAAGGCCAAGUCUCUGCUGCCCAAGGCCAAGCCCGGGGAGAGCUACCAGGCGAGGAUAGCGCCCAACCACCUCAACGUGUUCCUCAACCUGGCCAACCUCAUCGCCAGGAAUGAGACGCGUCUGGAGGAGGCAGACGCCCUCUACCGCCAGGCCAUCAGUAUGAGGGCUGACUAUACCCAGGCUUACAUCAACCGCGGCGACAUACUCAUCAAGAUGAAUCGAACGAAGGAGGCGCAGGAGGUGUAUGAGCGGGCCCUCUUCUACGACAGCACGAACCCAGACAUCUAUUAUAACCUUGGCGUGGUGUUGCUAGAGCAGGGGCGGGCCCAGCAAGCAUUGGCGUACCUGGACAAGGCCUUGGAGAUGGACCCAGACCACCAGCAGGCACUACUGAACUCUGCCGUGCUCAUACAGGAGUCCGGGAACGCUGAGUUACGGCCAUUGGCGUACCAGCGGCUCCUCAGGCUGGUGCAGCGGGACCCCCUCAACGAACGCAUCUACUUCAACCUGGGCAUGAUAGCUAUGGAUGACCGCGACUACCGUAACGCCGAGAAGUGGUUCCGCAAGGCCAUCGAGUUGAAGGAAGACUUCCGGUCUGCACUGUUCAACUUGGCGCUGCUGCUGACAGACGAUCAGAGACCCCUGGAGGCGGCGCCCUUCCUCAACCAGCUGGUGAAACAUCAUCCAGACCACGUCAAGGGCCUCAUCCUGCUGGGUGACAUCUACAUCAACAACAUUAAGGACUUAGAUGCUGCUGAGAAGUGUUACGAGAGGAUCUUGACGGUGGAUCCGGGUAACGUUCAGGGGCUCCAUAACCUGUGUGUGGUGUAUGUGGAACGAGGGGAGCUGUUGGCUGCAGAGUCUUGUCUCAGCCGCGCCCACCUUAUGGCACCUCACGAAGACUACAUCCUCAGACACCUCAAGAUAGUCAGGACGCGAUUGGCCAAAUUCUCCCAAAUGCAGCAGCAGCAGCAGCAACAGCAGCAGCAGCAAGCAGGGGUUGGGGGGAGUGAACGGACAGCAGCCUCCACUUUAUCUGAUGGUAGUGAUGGCAGUGAGGGGGCCAGUGAAGCCAGUGCCACCAGGCCCAAAAAGACAGUCUUUAUAACAAAAAAUAGUGAUAGCAUUAGCAAAAAUAAUGAGAAAAAGUCUGCCCGAAUGAUGGAGGCGACGCUAAAAAAUGACGCAAGUGAUUCUAUAUCAUAAGGCUCAGCCAUUGCUGCAAGCAUGCCAAAGGUACUACAGUCAUUAGAAGGUAUAAGUGGUGUCUGGUCGUCCCUACUGGUGUGACCGGCAGGCGUCCACUACACACCUCCAGUCUAGGACCAGGAUGUCGGGGAGCUUUACAGGACGCACGGCGGACACGGGCCACCAGAGGGCAGCACCGUUUCCACACCUAGAUCCUCACCUCCCUCAGGAGCCCACUAACCCCAUCAUCUAUUUGAUGAAAAGAAAAGGAAGCUCUCGCUUAAGUGUUAUUCAUUCUUUUAACUGUUCAAAGGAAUAUAGUUUAAUUAAUUUUAUCAAGUUAGUAAUUAUACACUAGUUAUUGGUCAUGAAACUUGAGCCAAGGCAGCAAUAGUGUUGUUCUGGCGCCUGGGGAGGAUAAAGAGCUGAGUGUGGAACUUGACACAAACAAUGUGCCUCCAGUGUAUCAUGGUAAGAGAUGAAGUAAGUGAAAGUGAUCGCCAUGAGUGGUGUGAACCCUGUUAGAGCAGCAGCCAAUGGCGAUAGUAUGAACCCGAGCCAUGGCUAAAGCAUAAAAGAGCUUCUGACGAGAGUAAAUUCAUGUCUGGAAAGGCCGAGUGUUCCUCCCUGCCGUCCUAAGAUAAAGAGAAACUGGACUGUGUUGGACUUUGUGGCUUCAGAUGUGUAGCUGAAAUCUUUGCCUCGAUGAGGUGCUCCACAGCUAAGUCAUCCCUGUAACCUUGAUGACCAAUGUCCAGUGCACCAGAGCCUAGGUCGUCCAGCUCUCAGUAAGUCAGAACACCUGUAGUGCAUCACAUGUACAGUGAGUGUAUCAGAGUUCUGGCUCACUGGGUCCUGCAUCACCAAGGGCCUGGUGUAUAGUCUUCAAUGUAUGAAAGCUAUAUUUGUCAACAUGAAUUCCACUUAUAAUGCUUUUUAUAAUUGAAUAUAAGUUGCAGAAGGGAGAUAAAAAUAUUGUAAUAAAAAACAAAGAAACACACAUUGAUAAAUGAGUAGGGGAUAACUUCAGCUUUGAGAGUAAUAAUAAUAAUAAUAAUAUUAAUAAUAAUAAUAUUAAUAAUAACAACAAUACUUCCUUCUGUUAACUGUGAAUGUGAUAAGUAAUCAACAACUGCUAAAUAUUUUUUUCGUAUGGUUAAGGUAAUUUUCAGGGCUGUUGCUUUGUUUAGUAUGAUUAUUAUUAUACAUAUUAGAGCCGUCAGUGAAGGUCCAGGCUAAUGAUUAAUGCUCUUUGUUUAAGGCCUGUCCGUGAUGGCCCAACCAGUGGACACUAAACUAUAUGAUUUUCUCCCCAUCCCUCGACCAGUGGUUGAUUGAGUUCAGGUUAUUGGACAAAAAUAUGUUUUAUUUUUACCCCUUCCCCGUUUUAAUACACCUCCAGGAUGUAAACAUGCAUAUAAACAAAACUAAAUUAUUUUGAAAGAUUUUUUUUGUAUGAAUUAAACUUUAUUUUGACCAUAACUAAGUAUAUAUAAAUUAACAGUCGUGGGACUUUGAGUGUUUGCCGUAAUAUUUAACGCAGUAGACAAGUUUAGGCGAAGAAUAAAACAGGGUAUAGUGAAGUUGAAGAAUGCAUCGCUAAAUUCAAUCGACAUUAAUUACAAAAUCGGAAGACAGAUUAACGUAUUUUUUGUUGUACACUAAUAAUAUUAAAUUUUAAAGUGUCCGUUUCCAGUGGACAAUGCCACCAGGUCCCCCACCCCCUCCCCUCACUUAGCCUCCUGACCAAAUGGUAAAUAAUCCCGUGACCGAUUACUCCUGCACUUUCUUUAUUGUUUAAGUAGUCUUUAUGGAACCUUCUUCAUGACCUCGUUUCAUAUUUUACACUAAUAACCCUGUUUCUCCCUCCCUCCACCUUGCCACUGUUGAGGCCACCCGUCUUGCUGCUGUGCUCUAGUCUUGUCGUAAUCUGUAGUUUUGACGUACACACAAAAGGAAAUGAACCCACACACACACACACACACUCACACACACACACACACACACACUCACACUCACACACACACACACACACACAUAAUAUUUUGCUUUGUUUGGUAAGUUACGCAUUAUUGAGUACAUUGUGGGUGGAUGGUGAGAGGUCCCGUAGGAUGGCGUCUCCCACAGGUGUAAAUAUAUAAGCUACGCCAAGCUUGAGUUGGAGCGGACAGUAUAAAGAAAACGUUUAUAUCUCGUAUUCCUCUCCUUAUUAACUCUUUACUGUUGAUGUCUUCUUCUCUGGAUGUAUGUGAUUGUACGGAAUGAUAGCUUUUGAUUUAUACCUUCGAGUUUGUAAAUGUUGGUAUAGACAAGAAGUGAUGUCUUGGAAUGUGGUUUUCAUCAUGACUGAUCGUUGUCCCCCCACUCGCAUGUUGCUAUAAUUAUUAUAAAUAUUUACAAUGAAAGAUUUACCGCUAACGUCGGUGAUUCUUGAGGCACGGUGAGUUGGGUGCCGAGACAGUCGCGGUGUGAAUCACGGAAAGUGACCACAAACUUAUGCAUCACACUCGCAGAGAAACUUUUUCAAAUAGUAUUGAUAUUAGAAAACAUCUUAUAACAAAAUCGUGCUUGAUGUCAGAUCCAUUAGUUGAGGAGCAUUGAAAACUUUUAUAGCUGGAGACUGUAUAUUAUAGUGUCUAGCUAGCCAUAACUUCACUUACUGUGACAAAGAAUGUUUCACUGUAUAAUAUACAAUGUACAUUUCCCACACUCUCUUGCAAUGAUCUUGAAAGAGUAGCCAUUUUGACUUUUCUGCUUUAUUGCAUGGCUAAGGAAGGUAGUUAUAAAUUUGUGUGAGAGGCUGUGGGAACCGCUGCAACUUGAGUCACUAAAGGUAAAAAUUAUCCCUUGGUCAGAUCAACAGUGAUGGAGGUCCUCACUCCAGAUCUGUACUAACAGGUUAUAAAAAAGGUGUCAUGAUGAAAUACGAUGUUUUAAACCUUCAGUGGUGCCUUUUGGGAUAAUGUCUGAAAUGGUAUUGUAAAAAACAAAAACAUGUUUGUAUAUCAAGUUUUCAUAAAUUCCAUGAUAUUUUUCUAUGUACCAUACACUCCAUGUUCCCAGGUUUCCUCUUGGUGGUUCCAGUAAUCGUAGGCAAUGUGUCCUAGAUGCCAUAUGUGUAUCGCUUCCCCCUCCCUCCUCCAGUUUUCUCAUUCAUAUUUUCCUCUUCUUUUUUCCUUGCCUCCCUCAUCGGCUUUACUCCUUCUUGUAUCCUUUGGCAAGACUUAUGGUCAUUAAUUCCUAUAAAUAUUAGUUUGUGUGUUUAUAUAUAUAUAUAUAUAUAUAUAUAUAUAUAUAUAUAUAUAUAUAUAUAUAUAUAUAUAUAUAUAUAUAUAUAUAUAUAUAUAUAUAUAUAUAUAUAUAUGUGUGUGUGUGUGUAUGUGUGUGACUUAUUCAUUAACUCAGGACUUGGCUCUUAUUUCUAAUAUUAUUUCUGUAUCAUUCAUUUGUGUAUAUCCUCAUUUCCUGUUUCGACAAAAAAAAAAUUCUUGCUCCCGUUACACCUUCCCUUCCCUUCCCUUUCCUCUGCCAGUUUCCUACCAAUAAUAUUCUUCCUACGCUGGUGUCGGCCGCGGCUGGGGAGUGUCUAGGGGGACGUGGUUAUUUUUUUUUAAGGGGGAGGGGGGCUCCUCCUGUUGGCCAUGAUGUAAGUGGCUACAUGGCAUCUCCUCUGAAAAUAUUUAAUUAGAGGAUUAUGUAUGUCGUUAGGCUGUUGUCACGGGAAGCUCGGACGUAAGAGGGUCUGGGUAACUUUAGAACGUAGUCUUUUUCUCUGUUACUUACAUAGUGACUUGAACUUGAAGGUAGAGGUCUGCAUGCGACUCUUGUUCCUUUGCACUGCAGUCAUGGUGUGUGGCCACCAUGACCCUCAAACGAGUCCUCCCUGCUCGAGUGACUAAACAAACAGAUGCAAACCUCUAAUAUUUCCAUCUUCCAUGGUCUAUAUACUACUGGUAGACACCAUGGUUAUUAACUUUAAGUACUACAGUAAUUUUGACACACCAUGUUGAGCUGUACUGUCAUGGUCUAUUCUCCUCCUGUGUCUGCCUUAUUUGUCCUCCUGUAACCAUAUCAAGAUGGUGAAGACUGUAAAGAGACUGAUAAAGUUUUAAGUUAUUGUAAGUUCUAUUGUGAUUCCUGUUUAUAAAACAGGUGGUGAUUUUUUUGUAACAGAUUUUCAUUGAAAUAUCCACAUAUAUAUAUAAUAUAUAUAUAUAUAUAUAUAUAUAUAUAUAUAUAUAUAUAUAUAUAUAUAUAUAUAUAUAUAUAUAUAUAUAUAUAUAUAUAUAUAUAUAUAUUUAAGAUUAUGUUGUAUAUCCAAUUUGAGUAAAGUCGUAGUCAUUGCCGUGCAUGAACUAUGUAGAUGACAGUUUUUCAUUGUUGUUUAACUUUACGUUUAUUGGAACGAUAAUGAAAGAUUUGAAAUAAAUACCUUUAUUGAUCUCUGAAAUUUUUAUAUUGUAACGGCGAGCCAGAGAUUACCAGUGUGCGAGCCGAGUGAUGUUGAGGAGAAGGAGGUCGGGCCACCCCGGCCUACAGGCUCCAGGUCCCCCUCCCUCUGAGCCCACUUUGGGUCGCCUGGUAUAGGUUGAGAUCUGAUCUCAGUGAGGUUAGUCCUUGGCUUCUAGACUGACGUCCUCUAGUGAGCCCGGGGGCGUGGCCACAGCGCUUGCUGCUUCGCCCACUGCCACCACUUAAGGUCAACAGCACAGGACAAAUGUUCUUAGUUUUCAUUUUGAGCAAAAUUACCAACCCAUCACAUUGUUGCUGGUAGUACUGUGAACAUGUAUAAAAUGUUUCAAUACUAUUGUGUGGGUCUAUCCCCGUAUCUUGUGAUCACUUGUGGUUGGCUUGUGGGCGGAGCAUCAAUAGGAGGCGUGUCCCUCGAGACGUGGGUGCUGUUGGUGGUGUCCCAGGUGUGGUGAGGCAACGGCACCGGAGUCCUCAGUGUCCUCACGACUCUCCCGUCUGUCCUGCCUGUGAUACUGUACUCCAAUACACGAUCAUCUACUCCA